CGCUGCAGAUCACAGAAUCUGAUAAGUGACCAAAUACGGUGUAACAUCUGCGGCCCUGGGUGUACCUGUACCUAUUAAAGUGUCUUUCCCCUGCGUAUGUGGAAAUGUCCUGCUCUUGUUGGUGUGUGGGUGUGUGGGUGUGUAAAAGUCAAGGGGUCAUCAAGUCAGGAGGCAGUCUCACAAGUCUGGCACCAGUUGGUGAGAGCUUAUCCAGGACCAAAGUGUUGGACGGUCAUUCCGCAUUUUUUAAGAAAAGCUGCCGAGUUACUUUAGUGGCAUUAACAAGCCAACGUUUGUUCACUCGCUUGCUAACUACGUUAUCUGGCUAACUAGCUUAAGGGCUCUAUGGUCAGAAGCGUGAAACACAAACCCUGUACUUUUGGCUAUGGAGGAGGCUGCAAAGAUCAGUGACAUGACACAUCAAGAGGAACCUGAGAUCUGCUACUUAAAGACUGUGUUGUCAAAUGCUCAGUUGCUGAUGAGAGAUAUAGAGGAGCUGCUGGACUGGUGUACGUCAGCACGCCCAUCCAACCAGCGGCGGUGCAGAAUGAUUCAGCAGGAAUGUCAGGCCAGCAUUGAAGAGGACGGAGAGACCUUGGUCAUAGAGGGCUUCAGGUUUGAGAGUGCGACCAGCAGGGAGGACCUAAGGAGGCUGAGUUCACUGGCUGAUGCAGGAGGACGCCAGGGUGACACAUGACUGAUGGCUAUAGCCAGUGUUGAGGAGGUGCCAGCCAUUAUGAAGCUGUCUGGAAGACUGGGAGCGAGGGAGUGAUGGAGGGAAGAAGAAGAAAAGUGUUGCAGUGACCUUGAGCGGCGCAUAGCGGAGUGAGUGACUGAGGAAAAUGAGGAGAGGAUGAGCAAGAGAGAGAGAACCCUCCAGCCUGCUUCUCGACAGAUAAUCUGUCAACCCCCCACCGGUCCCCAGACUCAUGCAAGAGAAGAGCGUUUUCUCUCUGCGUCCUCGACACUUGGAAACAGUCGUCUUAAGGAUCCAGGCCAGACCCUCAGAGUGAUCGUACCCCACCUGCGAGCUUCUAUCUCCAGCCUCCAGGACCUUCAGUUGGAUUCCAGCUACAUGGGAAAACGUUUGGAGCAGCAGCCAAUGUACCCCCACUACACCUACUACUACCCCCACUAUCUCCAGACCAAGCAGUCCUAUGCUCCUCCCCCUCCACCCAUGGCUCCGCCCAGCCCCGGCACCACAGGAGGAGGAGGUGGAGGUGGAGGUGGUGGAGGAGGUCAGGGAGGAGGGCUAGUGGAGCAGCUUAGUAAGACCAACCUGUACAUCAGAGGCCUGCCGCCCGCCACCACCGACCAGGAUCUCAUCAAACUCUGCCAGCCAUAUGGGAAGAUUGUGUCAACAAAGGCCAUCCUGGACAAGAACACUAAUCAAUGCAAAGGCUACGGCUUUGUGGACUUUGACAGCCCUGCAGCUGCCCAGAAGGCUGUGGCUUCGCUCAAAGCCAGUGGAGUCCAGGCACAGAUGGCGAAGCAACAGGAGCAGGACCCCACCAACCUGUACAUCUCCAACCUGCCGGUGUCCAUGGACGAGCAGGAGCUGGAGAACAUGUUGAAGCCUUUUGGUCACGUCAUUUCCACACGGAUACUGAGGGACGCCAGCGGCCUGAGCAGAGGAGUCGGCUUUGCCAGAAUGGAGUCAACAGAGAAGUGCGAUGUGGUGAUUCAAAAUUUCAACGGGAAAUUCUUGAAAACCCCUCCAGGCAUGACAGCCCCCGCAGAGCCGUUGCUGUGCAAGUUUGCUGACGGAGGCCAGAAAAAGAGGCAGACCCAGGUCAAGUAUCCCCAGAAUGGCCGACCGUGGACACGGGAAGGAGAGAGUGGUAUGGCGUUGACGUAUGAUCCCACUGCAAUGCAGAACGGGUUCUACUCUUCGCCGUACAGCAUCUCCACCAAUCGGAUGAUUGCACAGACAUCAAUCACACCCUUCAUCGCUGCCUCUCCUGUUUCCACAUAUCAGGUCCAGAGUACAUCUUGGAUGCCACAUCAACAGUAUGUUAUGCAACCUACAGGUGCUGUGAUCACCCCAGCCUCGGCCAUAGAGCCCAGUUUGUCUCUUCAUCCCUCCAGUGUAAUGGCUCCUCUCACCCAGCAGAUGAACCACCUGUCUCUGGGGACUACAGGCACUUACAUGCCUGCUGCAGCGGCUGCUCCUAUGCAAGGAACCUACAUUCCCCAGUACACUGCAGUGCCUGCCUCUGCCAUCACAGUGGAAGGUGUGGUGACAGACCCAUCUCCGCAGACAACCGCCCCCUCCUCGCAGGACGCCAGCGGGCAGCAGCCUUUAUCAGUGGAGAAUACAGGGGAUCAUGCCACAGCCUACUCUUACCAGCAGACUAAAUAACAAGAUUGGUAGGAAUCAUUGCUGCAUUGCCUUUAGAAGGACUGCACUGAGGCGCUGGAGACACAGAGAGAAUCAAAAUGAAACGGGGACUAUAUAAGGUGACAUGGACAACACUGAGGGGAGAAUGCUUCCACUGUGCACAGGCACCAAAUAAAAGACAAAAUGAAGAAAAAAAAAUCAAUUCUAUUUCUUACCUGGUUGAUCCAAGAAAAAGACAGAAGAAAAAAGAAAUGAUGAUUUGCUGAACUUGAGGACAAUGAAAUCAAACGCAGUCUGCAACUUUGAGUUUAUUAUUUCUCACUGUGAGACUGGACUUUGCCUCCAAAGGAAAAAGAGAAGACAUAGACUGAAAUCUAAACUCAACCAACAAACUGUACAGAAAAAAAGAACAUUUGAAUGUGCAGGUAGAUUUUCAGACUUUUUUAUUAAAAAAGAAAGGAAGCAAAGUCUAGAAAAAACAGGUUGUCUUCCUUUGAUAUUAAGCUACAUCAUUUUCAUCCUUUUUAUUAUUUGAGUAGUUUUCUAGAAUAUCAAUGUUUUCGUAAAUCUUUAUUGCCUUAAUUUUCUCAAAUUUUGGGAAACAGUCUCCAUAGUGUUGAAUUAUUAAAAAAAAGACUGAGUGGUUGAGUGAUUUGAGCGGUUCUUAGAGUUCUUGGAGACUAAAUCUAAAAGCUAUCUGUACAGGAUAAAAAAAAAAAAUAUGGUUGUAUUUGUAUGAAGAUGAUUUUAAAUUAUGUGGUGCAGUGCAGCUGUUGGUUGGUAGGAGAAAAAAAAUCUUGUGGGACUUGUGGGAGGGGUCAAUCCACUGCUUCCUGGAAAAUGCAGUUUAGUUUCAUCAUGAGUUAAAAAUUUUUGUUCCUCCAUCGCAUUUGUAUUUUUCUGUUUUUUACUUGCAUUCUUUUUACCUUCAAAAAUGUUUUUGCUUUGCCUGCUUUGCUUGUCUCACUGCAAAAAGAAAAUUAAAAAAAAACAGCAGCCUACAGGUGGCAUAUUUUAUACCAAAGAUGAAGAAACUAGGUAGUGAAGAGAUCUUCCUCAUGUUGCUUUCUCUUUAUUUUUUCACCUCUGAACCUGAGAUUUUUCUUGCUUGACAUGCUGUUUGUGUGUGAGAUAAUUGUAUCGGUGACUGAGAACAUGCAGUAGCUCUUCAACACAAUUGCCUCAACCAGAAAAUUGUGCUCUGAGAUGCUUUGUUUAGCUUUCGAUCAAACGCGGUAAUGAUCUAAAGUGGGAGAGACCAGACACCCUGUGGAGGUUGUGGAAGAGAUGGGUAUAUUAUUGGGAAUAAGUUGGUAUCGUAUAUUUUAGUGGUAACGAGGCUGAAAAUGCAUUUUAUCCUGUGGAAUAUUGGUGUGUACUCUUCAAAGCUGUGUGUACACACAAUUACACCGUCCUCAGGCUGCAUUGUGGCUGCAUCCUAAAUGUCCACAGUGAGAUGCAGUAACUCUAUGACUGCAAGCCAAAACACUCUAGAUGUAAUUAUUUUGAAAUGCAUAGUCUCAGUCCACACAACAUACUGUUUUACACCACUGUCUUGCCAAACACAAGCCAUUUAAAAUGUGAGCAGGGCGAUGAUCUCUGUAAGAGGAAAGGGCAUUUCUGUUCAACAAAAUCAUUUAAGCUUGUGUAAAUUCUCCUGAGAGGACAAGGAGAAUGUUGUUGUUUUUCACUUUUUCUUAUUGUGUUGCCUUUUUUGGUUUUUGAUAAUUGAUUAUGAUGUGUGAGCUGCUAAAUACUUUUCAGUAUUGGGGAGUGAGGUUGUCUUGUGUUGGCUGGGUGUGGAAGAGGUGCACCUCCAGAAUGACAGUAAUUGACCAUUUUAAGACAGGAUAAAGACAGUUCCUGUUCAUUGUUAUCCAUGACUUGACGAUGUAAAAAGCAUCCUGCAAGUUUUGUGCCUCUUUUCAAAUGAAUGAAAAGACGUGAUCCUGGUUGCAGCCCUUGAAAAACACAAAAAGAUCUCUCUAAAAAAACAAAAAACAAACACUAUCAAACUGUCUGACACCAGCUCUGAGGUCACCCCCCUUGAAGCCCCGCCUACCUGACCCUCCACCAAUGAAAGGAAGCUAAUGGAGACGGAAACAUAGAAAAAGCAUGGUUCAACCAAAAUCAAGCAGAUACUAACCUCUAUUGGAGAAUAAAUUAUUGAAAAAGGAGAGAGAGAGAGAGAGUAGAGAAAGCGAGAACAAAAGUAAUAUUUAUGAGAUCUUUUUUGUACACGUGUGUAAAAGAAGAUGAAACAGAAAUAACUUUGAUGAUGCUAUUUUUUUAUUUGCUUGGUCACAUGCCUCCCAUGUCUUUCAAAUUGUGAUUCCGAGAGUGUCUGUAGAACCAGUGGAUAUUGCUGUAGUUUCAAAUGUCUCUUUUCUUUUUGUUUUCUUUUUAGACAAAUCUUUCAAUAAAAAAAUGUUUCAAACAGUG